CGGACCGAGUUAAGCACACUGAUCUGGCCAUUGUGCCGUCUCGUUGCUUUCAUUCCGAUGAAUUCUCCAACGCUGCUUCUUCUUCUUCUUCUCCGAUAGAAGCGAUUGAGGACCACUGCCGACGAGAUGGCCUCUUCCGAUGCCGGCGAUGAGGGCAGAGGUGGUGGAGGAGGAGCUCAUGUGGUGCCCAUCCAUGAUGACGCACCUGCCGACGAGAUCUCUCCUUUCCUUGCCGAAGAUGGCGACCGGGCUCCCCGUAAGAUGAGCAUCUUCUCCGUCUCCUAUCCCAACAAGAAUAGACCCCCUAAGGAACCCAUUCAGAGAGCAGCUGAUAUGGAGGUCAACUUAUUUAGUCAUAUUUUGUGGGUUUGGAAUGGGUCAAGAUAUUCAGGCGUGUUAUGCAUGGUGUCCGCUUCUACCAUCUAUUUCAUUAUGGAAGUUUUGAUGGAUAAUUUUCCUGCAGGUUAUUCUGUCCCAUUACUUCAAACUGUUCUCAUGAGAUGUACGACUAUCUUGAUUAUAUCCCUUGUGUGGUUGAGGAAGACCGAGCAACCAAUUAUUGUACCAAAACACAUAAGAAAUCUACUGUUUGUGAGAUCUCUGUUUGGUUUCAUCUCAUUGAUGACUUUUAUCUAUAGUGUUCACAAUUUACCGCAGUCACAGGCUGUUGUGUUAAAUUUUACAACUCCACUUAUAGCUUCUAUGGGAGCAAGAAUCAUUUUGCAGGAAAAGUUGACUAUUUCAGAUGCUGUAGGUCUCACUUGUAGUUUCAUCGGCCUUCUGUUCAUCUUCCAACCUGUACUGAUCACAAGAGAAAUUCCGUAUGCAGUAGAUGAACCAAUAAAUCCAAAUGUGGCUAAAGGAAGGGGUCUUAUUUAUCCGCUAUUAGUUGGAAUAGUUUCAUCGAUGGCCGGUGGGAUUAGUUACUGCCUCAUUCGAGCUGGGGCUAAGGCUUCUGAUCAGCCUUUGUAUACAGUGCUUUCAUUUGGGAUUCUUGCUACUCCUCUCUCAGCAAUAUUUACUUUCACCUGGCAGGAGUUUGUACUACCUAAUUUUUUCACCUUUCUCCUAAUGAUUGUCCUAAGCAUCUUGGCAUUUUUUGCAGAGCUUUCCUUAGCACGGGGACUUCAACUUUUGAAAGUAUGCAAAUCGACAAAUAUUCUGUAUAUAAAGGUUCUGAUAUCACAAGUCUGCGGCAUGACGUUAUCGGGAUUGACACCCUCGUUCAAUCGACUUAUUGGCUGCUUUCUUAUUUUUGUAUCAGUAUGUAGCACCGUAUAUACUGGACCGGAGAAAGACAAAGACGGUGGUUGAUCCUGGCCUUUCCCUUUGAAUCAGUAAAAUGCUAGCAUACCAAUUAUUGUUCCCAGAAAAUCAAUCUUUCAAUCAACCCUUUCAACCGGGACUAGAAAUGACACAUUAUUAUGUAUGAGGAAAUGUUGUGGCACAUCAGAUACAGUAUUUGCAUGCUCAAAGGUCUUUCAAACAGUAAGUGCAACAUGCUUUCCAAUCUUGUGUACUUCUGUCACCAACUAGACUGAAAAGAUCAAAGGUUGUCUGGCCAAAAAAGACUGCUAGUUGCACAACUGGAGGCUCAUAACCUCUCUCACCUUUGCUCUUACUAGACAACCACUUCAUCUUUAUUUAUAUCCUCUUUCACUCAUUUGGCCUUUCAUAGUCCUUUCAAUUCUACAUCAAUUUCACUCUUGUUGAAGCUUCAAGAGGCAUUUUUUUUUUUACACUUUUUAAAAGUGCCAUUGAGCUGAAAUUAUCAUACAAAUGUCGCUCAUUGAGCUCAGCUAUUUUUUUUAAUUGUUAUUAUUUAAAUAAGUUUAAGCAAGCCAAAACUUGUAAGCAAAUUCUCCUUGGUGAUAACUAAUGAUCUUAAGGUUUAUUAGUACUAGAUUUUUCAUGUAGAUGUUCAUGUCAUGGUAAAGAGGUAGAUUUGAAUGUCUGUGUGAUUCAUAUAAAGUGAGAGCACAUGUGUAUUGAGAUAUUAACUUUA